GCCCCCUGCACUGGCCGUCCAAUGGAUCCGACGGGACGUCACCAUGGCCGGGCUGCCUAUCGGAAAGUGGCUGGAGGAGGAAGCUAAGAGUCAGGAGGAGCAUCUAUAGCCUGUACAUAAGGGAACCGGCAAGAGCUGCACAAUGACGAGCACAGCGGUUGUGACUCCGACCACCUUUGUUGAUAAAAGCAGCCGCUAUUACGUGGUGCUUUGGUUCAACAACCUGCUGAAGACAAACUUCAAAGAUGUGCGGCAGCUUGGAUCAGGGGCCAUUCAUUGUCAGAUCAUGGACUGGGUUAUCCCCGGCUCUGUUGACAUGACCCAGGUGAAGUUUGAUGCGCGAGGUGAGAAUGACUGUAAACACAAUUUCAGUCUCCUCCUCGAGGCCUUCAGCAAGAACAGCAUCACAAAGGUCAUUCCAGUUGAGGAGCUCAUAAAAGGGGAUUUUCAACUCAGUUUUGAGAUCCUAAAAUGGUUCAAACAGUUUUACACAGUUAAUAAUAAGGAUCAAGGCUACGACCCUGUGAAAGCUCGGGACAACCAGGAUAUCAGCCCUAUUGAUGUACCUGACCAGUUUAUUAAAGGGAUAUCUAGAUUGGAAUCAGACGCAGAGGAGAUCAGCCCUUUCAAAAAAGAAUUCCCUUUCUCUGAAGGGUGGAAGGCUAUGUUUGAUUGGGCUGAUCAGAGUGGUCUAGGAGAGAGAUAUACCUACUGCCACUCUUGUGACAAAGAUCUGAAGACAUUUCAGAAAGGCAUUAUUGAACUCAGGCGCCACACGGGAACAAACAAACACAAGAGAAUGACUAGAGCUUACAAAGCCUUUCGCCAGCAUCGCACACUCUCUGAGCCGCUGCCCUGUAGCGAUGCAGCUGUUCGGUUUAUUCACAAACACUUUUACAAUGGCUCUGCUAAAGGUGAACAUGUGUCUAGACAUUUUGCACGCUGUAAACUGGGGUUGCAGUACCCCAAUGACAUCACAUCCGCUUGCCAACACACUCCUUACUGUGUGUAUGUUUAUGGAGGGGCAACCCUGGAAAAAAAUGAGACUGUCUCUGUGGUCCUUGUUGGGUUUUUUGAUGUCGAAUCCUCCAGGCACUGCAUCAGAUUUCUGGAUGCUCUUCAGUCAGUGGAUGGUGAAGGGGAUCAAACAGCAGCAGCAGUGGUGGAGACCUUGAAGAAAUUCAGUUUACACACAGAUAAUCUUGCAGCUGUUUAUUCUGAAGGUAAUGGUGCAGCCUCAGAGCAGAUCUGCUCGCAGCUCAGGGAACUCAAUCCAAACAUAGUAGCCUUAGGAGGGCUGUACGCCACUGCAGAUGCUGCCUGCCACGCGGGGGUUACGGAGCUCUCCAAUCAGGUUCAAGAGUUGAUGGUAGAUAUCCAUGCCCACUACUCCUCCUGCUCAACCAAGAAUGACAACCUCAAGGCUCUUUUUGGCUCAGAUAUCAGCGCGGACAGUUCAUCAUUUCAUGUCAACACCAAAUGCCUUAAGUUCUGCUCGCUGGUCACAAAAAUCUUGGAAAUAUGGACAGAUCUCAUAACCUACUUUAAGUCUUGUGACGAAGAUGAUGACAAAGCCAAGUCAGUCUGCUCCCAGAUGCAGGAUCCCAAAGUCAGGGCAACAUUUAUGUUCCUUGAGCAGGCCUUUAAGCCUCUGCACAGAUUCCAAAGGUAUCUGCAGACACAGGAGGGUCCUGCCCGAGUUGAUAUUCCACUUAUCCUAGAAGAAGCCAGUAGCCUGUUGAGCACCUACACCUCCUACUUCCUUCAACCUGAAGCUGCUGCCCGCUUCCUCAAAGAGCGUAAUGCCCAAAUCCUAAAGGACAAGGAAUCCCACCUGUCGAGCCCUGAACUCAAUCAGGGUGGGAAAGCUGUAGAAGACUUCCUGACCAAGUCUGAGGCUGCAGAGGCACUUCUGCUUUUUAAAAAGGAAGUGCUGUCUUUCUAUGUCACACUCACAGGUUGCAUCGCAAAGGAGCUGCCUCUAAGUGAUGAAGUGUUGCGAAGCAUAGCUCAGCUACUGAACCCUCAGAGCAGGCUGAAGGUGACUGGGGAGGUGGUAGGUGAGCUUGGGACCAAACUGAAAAUCUGCAGCUCCCCAGAGGAUGUCAGCCAGCUCACAAGUGAAUUCCUUGAGUAUCAGCAGGCUGAGGAGGGAGAAAAGGGCAACUCAGCAGUGGUUUCACUGGAGGAACACUGGGCCAGCGUACUGAAGGACACUAAACCAACAUCAGUAUUCAGAAAGCUUGUUCUGACCCUGUUGUCUCUCCCCUGUCCUCCACUUGAGGCUCACCAGAUUUUUUCUCGGGCCAUGAACAAUGAAGAUUCGGCAGAGUUCUAUGAUAGCGAAGCCUUAGAAAGCGACUGCGACAACAUGUCCGACGGCAUACUCUCUGACAGCAACGGCAGCACUGUGAUUCACAUUAAAGAACUGAAUGGCCUUAGUGUGACAGUGAGGCCUUGUGAGGUGCGCCUUACAAAAAUUUGCGAUGCUGAUGCCAGAGUGAAUGGCAACGGGUGGAAAGAGAUGCAAAUAAGGGGAAGUUUUGGCUGGGAGAGCAGCUUGCGCCAGAAGCCACAGGCCCGUACAGUGUUUCAGGCUGGUGUUGAUAAGGGUCUGCAGUCCCAAGAUGAGUUGACAGAAGAGUCCUCACCAGUCAGCAGAUCAACACCGAGAGGACGACGCAAACAGGCCUAUCAGGAUGGAAAAGGGUUUCUGACAGGAGAGCUGGUGUGGGGGAAAGUGAAGGGCUUUUCCUGGUGGCCUGGGAUGGUGAUGCCUUGGAAAACCAAGUCCUCUCCCCCAGGAAUGAGGCGUGUGGAGUGGUUUGGAGACGGGAUGUUUUCAGAGAUCUACACCGAGAGUCUGAUGACAUUUGCUGCCUUCAACAAGUGUUUCUGCAAAAAUUCCUUUGCUAGUUUGCCCAUCUACAAGGAAGCCAUCUACCAGAUCAUCGAGUUGGCAAGUGAGCGAUGUGCAAAGUCUUUUGCUGAAGCCAAAGGAAACAAAGAAAAAGAGUUGAAACUGAUGGUGGAAUGGGCUUCUGGAGGAUUUCUGCCAACAGGAGCAAAAGGACUCAUACCUCCUGAUGCUGCGGCACAUCAAGAGUCUUCUGACUCUACUGCAUCUGACUACCAGCCACCUGCAAAAAGGAAAUAUGUUUUUAAAAACAAGCCAAAUGCACCUUUCAUCGUCUAUAACAGAGAAUUGAUUAGAGAAAAGGUCAAAGAAAAAGGAAAAACCAUUGAAGAUUUUUGUUUGUCUUGUGGAUCAACUGAGCUUGAAGUGGCACACCCGUUGUUUGAAGGUGGUCUUUGUCUAAAAUGCAAGGGGAACUUCACAGAGACACUCUACCGCUACGAUGAAGAUGGCUACCAGUCUUACUGCACCGUGUGCUGCGCCGGCACAGAGGUCAUUCUGUGUGGGAACGCCAGCUGCUGCAGGUGUUUCUGUAAGGACUGUUUGGAAAUCCUGGUUGGGCCAGGAACAUUCGACAAGGUGAAAGAUGUUGAUCCUUGGAGCUGCUACAUGUGCAAACCGUCACAGUGUGACGGAAACCUCAAACUCAGACCAGACUGGAGCGUCAAGGUCCAGGACUUAUUUGUCAACAACAGCGCCAUGGCAUUUGAGCCUCACAGAGUUUACCCCUCCAUCCCUGCUGAUCGCCGCAGACCAAUCAAGGUGCUCUCCCUUUUUGACGGCAUUGCGACAGGCUACCUGGUGCUCAAAGACCUGGGUUUCAAGAUUGAGCGCUACAUUGCUUCAGAGAUCUGUGACGAUUCGAUUGCUGUGGGCAUGAUCAAGCACGAAGGAAAAAUCGAAUAUGUCAAUGAUGUUCGCACCAUCACAAGGAAACAUCUGGCUGAAUGGGGUCCAUUUGAUCUUCUGAUUGGAGGAAGUCCAUGCAAUGACCUGUCCAUGGUCAACCCUCUUCGAAAAGGAUUGUUUGAGGGCACUGGAAGACUCUUUUUUGAGUUCUACCGCAUUCUGACCUUGUUGAAACCGAAGGAGGAUGACGACCGUCCGUUCUUCUGGUUGUUUGAGAACGUGGUUUUCAUGAGUGGCAACGACAAGUCGGAUAUCUGCAGAUUCCUUGAGUGUAAUCCAAUUCUAAUUGAUGCAGUGAAAGUCAGUCCUGCUCACAGGGCGCGCUACUUUUGGGGAAACCUCCCUGGAAUGAACAGGCCUCUCGCUACGUCUCUGGAUGACAAAGCGUCCCUGCAGACUUGUUUGGAAGUUGGACGCACGGCAAUGUUUGACAAAGUCCGCACCAUCACUACAAAGUCCAACUCUUUGAGGCAGGGGAAGUUUGGGCCACUUCCUGUCACCAUGAACGGCAAAGAGGACUACCUGUGGUGCACCGAAAUGGAACAGAUCUUUGGCUUCCCAAAACACUACACAGAUGUGAACAACAUGGGUCGCAGUCAGAGGCAGAAAGUCCUCGGUCGCUCCUGGAGUGUCCCCGUGAUCCGUCACCUCUUCGCCCCGCUGAAGGAUUAUUUUGAAUGUGAAAAUAACGUUUAACGGAACCGCAGCGGUGAACCUAAACUGCCUUAUCUCACCCUGCAUUACUAGGUAGUUCAAACUCUCGUCUUUUUCUGGAAGACAUAAUUUAGUUUUUCCUGUUUGACUUUUAGAAAUUUUGAGCUCCUUUUUAAUCCUGUGUCAUCCAUGAUCCUCUCUCACCAGCAGGCACCGACACUUUUAAGGUUUUUUUUACAGGUUUCUUUUAGAUGUACAAUGGUGCUGUGAUCAAACAAUAAUGUUGUUCAGAACAUGGGCCUCAAUCAGGAAUCUAGAUUAGAGUUAGCUAUUUUUGGGUUUAACUCAGGUUCACCAGUAUCACGAAGCUGGUUCACGGGGUAGAUUGACACGUGGCUUUUGCAGCAGCUAAACCAGCACAAAUAAGACAAAAAGGAAACUGUGAUUCUGAAUGCACCUGCAAAGUCAACAUUUAUACUUUGCCAAAUUCAGAUGCAAAAAAGGCUUAUUGUACCCAGCUCCAAAAUGUUAUUGGCCUGUUUGCGCUGUGAUAUCUCUAGCACAAUAUCUUUUGUGAAUCAGACCUCGGGACGGGGCGGAUAGCUGCUGCAAGUGAUGUGCAAUUCAUGGUGCUAUCAGCGGUGCAAUUCAUUCUUUGAGAUUUCACCCAUGAGUUUACAAUGACAAGUUACAACAUCAUCUCGCUGCAAUAACCUGUUCAUCAUUGGAUACAAUGCUUUAAUAUUAAUUAUUUACACCUCACUUUUCAUAUUUGGAUAUUAUUCCUAAUAUUUUUACAGUUUCUUACCUUUUCUUCAUUAUCUGUAUUAAAAGCCAGCCUCAUGAUACUGGUUAUUCAGGUUCCCCAAUGUUACAAACCCAAAGAGAGCCGUUGAACUUGCUUCCUGGUUCAGGCCUCAGGUCUCUACCUCAACACUGAUUUAUUGGUUAAAAAAUCUGCAGUUACACUUUUUUAAUCCUGUUAUUUAAUUUGUGAAUAUGAAAUAAUAUUGUUUACAUAUUUUCUAUUGUUUUAUUACAUAAUCUUACUAGGGAUUUUAAAUCUUGUCUAAUCAUGUUCAUCUUUAGCUAAGGAACAUUUUUUACUGUUUUAUCUUUUUUUAAUCUGCUUUUGAAUACAUUUUUUCUAAAUUACAUUCAUCUCACUGUACUGCACCUGCGAUUGUUUUUACUUCACUGGUUUUGCAUUGGUGCUAAUCUUUUGAUCUAUUUUAAGGAUUGCUUUUUAUACCAAAAAUGUUUUCUGUCUAUUCAUUGAGAACAAACUAUCGUGUAUGUUUUCAGUAUAUAAACUGGAGUGUUUUCAAUAUUACUGUAAUAAGACUGCAGAGGACUGACUUUAACAACUUUAACCAACAGUGUCUUCUAACAAAGGAGACAUGUUCGUUAAGGGAUUAUUACAAAAGUUUUGCACGUUCUUCCUCUGCAUAACGAAACGUGAACACUUUAAAACAAAAACAACCACAUUUCAUAAUGUACACUGAUUAAAGUGCGAAGGUUUAAGAUUUUAUAUUUUCCUAAAAAAAUAAAAGGAGAAUAAUCAGUAAAAUCAUUGAAGAUAUUUAGGCAUUCAUCCAAAAUCCACCGUCCGGUUGGCUAAAUUCAGCUUUUCAACGUCCCCAACAGGGCGGUUUAAUGACAUUUUAAUUUUUUUUAUUACCUUGCCCUGGUGAUAAAGAAUUUUAACAUUUUCAUACUUAAACAAAGCAACGAACCUUCAACACUGUGCGUCUUUUAAAUCAUGUUGGACUCUGCAAAGUUGUGAUAUGUUUUAAAGUGUUUUUUGAAAUUUCAUAAACCAAAUAUUAAUACAUUAAAAUUGAAGUUAUUAAACAAAAUAUUCAUUAGAGUAACUUAUAGACAAGAAAAAGACAUUUGAUGGCAUCACAUUGGGACAGGGACUUUUAACUGGUUUCUGAUCAACCAAACAAAUUAGCAAUUAAAAAAUAAUUGGCAAAUUAACCAAAAUCUCAGGUUGUCAGAUAGUGAGCCUCACACACUGCACCUUUCAAUCUCAGUGGGACAUGAACCCCUAGUUCACACAAGUGUGCUUUUAUUUUCUUAAAUGUUGAUCUUUUUAAAAAUGCAAACUUAAAAACAUUGACUGUACUGUUAAGGUAAUUUACCGGUGUAUUUUUGGUGAUUUUUAUUGUUCAAUAGAUCAUGUUAGCUUUACUGAAAGUUGAGAUAUUGGUGAAUCACUGUUAGCUUCGUUGACCACACCUCACUGUUUCUGUGGUCAACACCUUUACCUCAAUGAUUGUUUUGAUUUUCUGACGGUGCUACGCUAACGGUGCUAACUUUGCAUGUAGUUUUUUGUUUAGUCUUUUUUUUUUUACAUAUAUAUAUAAAUUAUAUAUAUUCAUCUGCCUUUAAUUGGCAGCAGCUAGAAGUGCACUUUUCUUGUAGGCUGUUGUUAAGCUGUGUUGAUUGUUUAUUUGAUAUCAUAAAAUGACAAAAAAAAAAUGUCAGGAAAUGUUAGUGUUAUGUAAAGCCCUUCCCCCUGGUGAAAACAACAGAUGAAA